UUAAGCGAAAAAAACCAUAGAUUGCAGGUACAUGUGGCUCUCCUGCAUCUGCAUGCUCUGUAAAACCCGUCCAUUUCAUACUUCCUCUUCCUCUCUUCUUCUCUUCUUCUCUUCUUCUCUGUUAUUUAUUUUUUUUCCUGGUUCAGUGGCUGUCGUCGCUUGUAUUGAUGAAAGAGAAUUAAAAAAACAAGUACGGCGAAAUUUCUGAAACUCUGGCCGACACAUCAGCGGAUUCGGCGGCGGUCGGAUCAAGAACUGCCUCCUCGUUUCCCGGCGUCAUUUCUCCUUCUAUACUCAUCGUCUUGCUGCUUUCCCGACUUCCCGUAGAUUACGGCUAAUUCUAAAUCUUUGGGAGAAUUUUGAGGCCUAACGAGUCUGUCCACAAAAAAAAUGAAGAUAUUCAACUGCUUUUCUGGAUUGAUCGGUAGAAAGAAAAAGAAGGGGAAUCCAAAACCUCCUCUGCCACCGAGAACGCAGAGAAUCCUUCAGAUCAGACUCGAAGAGCCAGUGAAGCCUCUGGAGAAUGACGAGCCUAACAACACAAGCUAUGACAAGCCCCUUGAUCACAAGGACAGUCCUAUCGAGCACGAGCUAUACGACGGUGAAGAUGAGCACGAUUCAACGAAUCGCGAGUCUCCCAAAUCCCAAGUUCAGCAACGAGCCGUUGAGUCUCUGACAAGAAAUGAGGUCACAGAUUGCUCUGAAAACGGCGAUGAUGACGAAGGCGGUCACGUCAGCGACCCUGGCUUAGGCAGAACCACGGCUUGGGUGGCUUCUCCUAAGCUCAAACGAUCCUGUUCAAAUCUCAGCAAGUUCACCAGCAGGUUCCAUUGUUCUGAUCCUCGGGAGCUCCAUGACGAGAGAGAGAGCUUCGAGGUCAAAUCAGUGAGGUCCCAUAGAAGUGCAGAUAGAGUGAUGCUCAAGAAACAUUCCUCGAUGCAGAUACUUCCCUCGGGGAGCAGGCGGCUCUGGUGGAAAUUGUUCCUCUGGAGCCAUAGGAACCUUCACAAACACCUUGUUUCGCUAAAGUCACAGACUUUAGACGUUUCAACCAAGAACCACCAGUCUGGGUACACGUCUGACUUUGCUGAGCACGACCAAUCGAGCCUUGAAGUCUUCACUAAAGAAUCUCCAAACAUCUGCGGCGGUUUCACCAACCAAUCCUCGGACUUGUGGCCUCGUCAUAAUCAGUGGGUAGCUUUCUCUGCGGAUUCCUCUUCGAUGAUGAAACGAGUGGAUGAGUGGGUAAGAGGACUCGAUGUCGAUACCGUAGUUCCAGUAAACGAGGAUGAGGAUAAGCACAGCUUCAUAGCCUCUCCUACGACCGUGAGAUCACCCUCAAGAAAUGUCUCAGAUGCGAUUGUUCACGCAAACAGCCUAAUCCAAUCGCUGAGUAAAUCCUCGAGCGUGGCUCACAUCUCGAGCAUAGGCUUGAAAGCUGUCCCGAGCAUCUCACAUUUUAACAGCCUCAAGUCGAUUGAUUUAUCAAACAACUUCAUAGUUCAAAUUACUCCUGCAUCGCUUCCAAAGAGCCUCCACGCGUUGGACCUGUCAAAGAAUAAGAUCAAUGUAAUAGAAGGAUUGAGAGAUUUGACACGACUAAGAGUGCUCGAUCUCAGUUACAACCGUAUUUCUCGCAUCGGACAAGGCUUAUCAAACUGUACACUGAUCAAAGAACUAUACCUCGCUGGGAACAAGAUCAGCAAUGUAGAGGGCUUACAUAGAUUGCUGAAACUCACCGUUCUCGAUCUUAGCUUUAACAAGAUCGCCACCGCCAAAGCAAUUGGCCAGCUAGUUGCAAACUACAACUCUCUCGUGGCUCUGAACAUCCUUGGAAACCCGAUACAGAGCAACAUUGGUGAGGACCAGCUGCGUAAGACUGUCUCCAGCCUGCUCCCAAAGCUAGUUUAUCUAAACAAGCAGCUCAUCAAGCCACAACGAGCAAGGGAAGUGGUCAAAGACAGCGUCGCGAAAGCUGCGUUUGGUGGAGGAGACAAUCUGCACCACCGACGCAAAAGAACAGUGACCAAGAGAUCUGUGGGAUCAGCCUCGCCUAGCGUUCACCACCGAGGCCACACUGUGGAUGAUAAACAGAAAGGAAAGGGACGAGUCUCCAAAGUCAGAAGCCAACAUCAUCUGAGAAAAUCUUCGGUUUCAGACAUACCACCAUCACAUUGAAAUCUCCCUUAUUUUUCUAUGGAUCUUAUUAAUUGUGCAAUGCAAUCAGAUCCACCAUAGCACCAUUUAUGUUCUCCAAAUAGCUUACUUAGUCCGAAUCUUCCAUUUUUCAAAAAGCCAUCUCUGUUCUUUGGAAAUACUAUAUGUCUACAUCACAUAGCACCAUUUAUGUUCACCAAUUAAACAAAAAGCCAUCUCUGUUCUUUGGAAAUACUACAUCGCUUUCUCUUGGCCUAAUUUGUGUCUGCAAAUAACAAUUUCUAUUCUCUGUUCCCAAGUUUGCUACACGGCUUACCAGAAAAUGAAGAUUCUGUGCUUUCCGGAGCGGCAGAAAUUCAGAAAUGCCUCAUCGCUAGGGAUAUAAUCCGGCGCUCACCAUCUCUUCGCAAUGGUUCUCUACAAUUUUUUCAUCUCCGGGAGAUCAAAUUGACAGAGAACAGAGAUCUGACAAUCGACGCGACUUGGAGGCAGUUUUUUUUCACGAGAGGAUUCAUUGUUUUGGGGAAGGCGGGUCUGGACGGUGGAGACGGUGGAGGAAUGAAGUAUACCUCGGACUCCAAACGGAUUCAUUGGAAACGGAAGGAUCAAUAUCUGGAGUCGAAUCGUCGUAGAAGCAGCGAGAGACUCACUCGGUGAAGAAGAAGAAAACGAAGAAGAGACAGAGGAGGCGAGCGCAAUUCUGUGCGUGAAACAUGUAAACCGAAUCUAAACCAAAUAUAUUCUAUUCGGUUCAAUUCAAUCGUCAAAAAUAAUCUACUUUUGACAACCAUUGGUUAAUUUCUGGUGUGAAAG